AAGUGGAAGAAACCGAAAAGGCAAAACGCGAGGAAGAAGUAGAUCUAUUUAAUUUGGCACCGAAAAAACCAAAUUGGGAUCUUAAACGCGAUGUUGAAAAAAAGUUGACAAAACUUGAAAGAAAGACACAAGCUA